UCAUCUGACUGAACAUCGCGAGACUUUGGGUGAGAUCCAAAAUGGCAGCGCACUGAACACUGACGCUUGUAAACAGAAAUACAAAACUUUAUUUUUCUUCUACUAAAAACAACCACUACCUCUCUACAACUCUCAUCAAAAACCGGAUUAUAUUCUCCACCUUUUCCAACGGCAACCUCUUCAUUCUGGACGUUAUGUCAUCUGAACCCAGCAAGAAACGCACCCGUGACUACUCAACAGAGACUGAACCAGAAUCACCUACCGCUUGCGCUACUUCUACAUCCAUCGAGGUCAGUUUACUACAAUCCAUAAACAACAAACUUGCAAUACUGGAACAUCUGCACGCAGAUAUUAAGGACUUAAAAGCCAGCCUCGUAUUUCCCAAUCACAGAUCGACACACUUGCAUGUGAGAUUAUACUGAACAAGCCUACAGUAGCACCCCUCCAUCCUUGGUCAUGGGCUACGUCACCGUGGGAAAGAAUUCAUGUUGAUUUCGCUGAGAUCAAUAAGCAGCACUACUUGCUUGUAGUGGAUGUCUAUUCAAAGUGGCUAGAAGUCCUGCCUACACUGCAGACAACAGCUGAGAAGACUGCACAUCUUCUCAGACACCUAUUUGCAUCAUAUGGCCUGCCAGAGAUGGUGUCAGACAAUGGCCCUCCAUUUACAUCAGCAGAGUUUGAGCAGUUUCUGAAGAAUAAUGGAGUCCACCAUGUUCUAUCACCACCCUACCAUCCUGCAUCCAAUGGAGCAGUUGAGCGAGCUGGGCAGACAUUCAAGAAAGCCUGGACUCGAUUGGAAGCACAGUCUGUCACCCCAUCAACGGCUUGCUCGGUUCCUGUUUACAUACAGAAACACUCCUCACACAGUCACUGAGCGCACCCCGGCUGAAAUGUUUCUGAAGAGACCACGCACUCGCCUGUCAUUAUUGAAGCCUGACAUGUCGAAAGUAGUGCUCAAGCAUCAGCUACAGCAGAAAAAGGCCCAUGACAAGCGAGCAAAGCCACUCCGGACGUUUAAACUGGGAGAGAGGGUGUUAGUUCGGUAUUUCAGACAUCCAAACAAGCUUGCACGAUUCUGCAACAAAGAGAACCUCUGACCUAUGAGGUACAAGUUGGUCACCGUCAAGUCAAGGUGCAUGUGGAUCACCUGCGUGCAUCUAAAGCAUCAUAUUCACCAAGCAGAAGGGAUGAUGAUGAUUUCUUGGAGUACUCAGCAGGCUGUGAGGAUCCAGCAGAAAGCACAGAGCGAGAAAAUGUUGCUGCUGGUCCAUCUCAGGAAGGGCAGCAAGAGCGCAGCUAUCCAGAAAGGCAGCGGUCAGCACCAACUAGACUGAAUCUCUAAGUGUUCAUGUAGAGAUGAGCUACUAAAUAGGCUGCCCAAUGGAGGGCCCAUUACCUGAAGCAGUUGAUGUCAACAUUUCAGCUGAUGGAGGAAGCCAAGUGUCUGCACCAGUGCUACAACAUGUUUAUGGGAAUGUUAGCAUUUCAAACUACUACUCAGGUGGUACCCAACCAGCACCACCAAUGCGGGACUCUGAUCAACAUUUAAUCGCUGAAUACAAAACAUCUAUCCUCACCGCCUAUGAGACUGUAGAGGAGUAUAACGCCCUUCCGGGCCAGGAUGUGCUUCUAGCAGACCGGUACACAGAACUCCUGAUCAUUCAAAAACACAGGAAUCAAAGUGAGAGAGAGGAGGAGCUCCGUUCCAGAGGUGACACCCUCCAGCAGGUCUUCAAGACCAGGGCCAGUGAGACACACAGCCGCAUUCAUCUCGACCAGCUGUUCAAGCCCAAAGACUGUGGAUCGGUGCCGAGAGCGGUCAUUCUCCAGGGUCAUUCCGGUCAUGGCAAAUCAUUUACUGUCAAAAAAAUCAUGCACGACUGGGCAUCUGAACUCUUCAAAGAUUUUAUUCUUGUCUUUCAUCUUAACUGCAAAGAACUUAAUCUCCUCUCUGGAGAGCACAGUGUGGUAGAUCUGCUGAGGUGUGAUGAGGAAUUUACUCCAGUGAUUUUAAGGAUACUGCGAGACUCCCCAGGAAAGGUGCUCUUUGUUAUAGAUGGCUUUGAUGAGCUGAGGUUCUCAUUGAAUGAAAUUACCUCAGUACUUCCUAGUGGUCCAUCUGUGCCUGCUCCAAUCGAGGCCACACUGAGUGCUCUGCUGAAGGGGAUUGUUUUGAGGCAGAGUGUUGUUCUGGUCACCACCAGGUCCACUGUCUCCGACAAACUAAGCGAGCAGCUCAAAACCCCACGCCGCUUUACAGAGAUCCUAGGUUUCUCUGAGGACGGAGUGAAGGAAUACUUCCAGAGGUUCUUUGAUAAUACAGAGCUCUCUAACAAAGUUUACGAGCACGUGCGUUCAAAUGAGACACUCUUCACUUCCUGUUUCACCCCCGUCAUCUGUUGGAUUGUGUGCACUGUUUUCAGAGAGCAUUUCCAAGAGGCAGUAGAUAAACAGGGAAAUUUUGAGACAACGAGUUCAAUAUUUGUGCACUUCAUUAACACUCUGAUGGAAUAUCACUGUGAAGGUUUGAGUCAGCUUGACCGCACACUCUUGAGGAGCCUUAGCCAGUUGGCAGAACGAGGAAUUCGGGAACAUCAGGUCCUGUUUAAUGAGAGGACAGUGUCGGAAGAGUUUCCAGAUUUCAACAAGGGUAAUCCUUUCCUGUGCAAAUUCCUGAUGAAGAAGAAGGUCUACCGAGAAACCAUGUACAGUUUCAUGCACCUGAGCUUUCAGGAGUUCUUUGCGGCACUCUACUACAUUCUGAUAGACGAUGAGAAAGAGGCUGGUAGAAAACUUCAGAUGUUGCUUCAGUUUCCAGAUGAAGUGGAUUCUUUCAGACUAUUCAAAGAAAAUAGGAAUCAUGUUGUUCAGUUUCCAAAUGGAGUGGAUUCUUUUAGGCUAUUCAAAGAAAAUAGGAGUCAUGUUGUUCAGUUUCUAUUUGGGCUGUCAAACAACAAUGUGCAUUCACUUGUGAAGACUCACUCUUGGGUGGCUGUACGAGCCCAGGUGAAAGAGUGGCUGUUGAAUCUAAUUAAAACGGUGAGACUGCAUACAGAUAUACCAUUGUUUGUUCUGCAUUGCCUCUAUGAGAUCCAUGAGGAAGAAUUUGUCAUGCAAGUCAUUGGGAGCUGGGGAGAGAUUAGCCUCAACGUAAAUCAGAAGAGGAUAAAUUGCUGGGUGCUGCUGUACUGCCUACAAUGCUGUCCGAGCAUCAGACAGAUGAUCCUGUAUGGCCUAACCGCGGAUAACCUGAGGAUGCUACAGCCUGCACUGGAUAAAUGUGAUGAGCUUGGGUUCAAUCUAGAGGUUCUGUCAGAUUCCGAUGUUGAUGAUCUUAUCUCAGCCCUGGGGGGAAACCAGAGGAUGGAUGCAUUGAGAAUAAUGAGCACCCUGUCAGCUGAGAGUGUGGAACACAUCCUCAAGGCUCUACAGAAAAUUAAAUAUUUACCUACUGUUUCACUCUAUGUAAACAUGAUCAACCAUGAUAUUAUAACCAUGUCCCUACGUCUCAUCCAAACCACAGAGAUCUCAAAGUUCGACAGGAACCUUCUGCGCAUUAAUUGGCCUAAUAUGGAGGGUCAUUGCUCAUCUCUCUAUUUUCAAAAAUAUGCCAACAGUCUCAGACUGUAUAUUACCAUUGAUCCGGUAAUGGUUCCAGAAACUGUCAUCUCGAGAAUUGCUCUCACAUUUUUACAUUCCCCGAAGACAGCCAUUAUUGACUUCAAGGACUUUGUUCAGGAGCUUCACAUACUAAGAGGGUUAAGAGAAAAACCAGCGUGGGAGAAGCAUAUGAAUGCUCUGCUUUCCGUCCUGCGGUCACUUCCUGGUCUGAGAGAGGUGGAGUUGACGGUGGACCGUGUGACUGAGGGUUUGGCUGUGGACAUCCUCUCAUCCAUCAACACCUGCCCCAAUCUAAAUAAGUUGCAGAUUAAGAAAGAACCUCCACAUUGGUCGGACUGGUUUACGAAUGGGACAAACAGUGAUUUAAAGAGUUUCUGCUCUGUACUCUCUGUGGAAAAAGAUUUCAGCAAACAGUUGGACCCAAAGCUCAAGUUCUCGGUCAAAUGUAGAGAUGGAACCCUAGAUGCAACACUCACCCUGGCAUAUGUCUCAAAUUCAGCUAUCAACUUUCACAAUUUUCUUCAGAAGUUUCACACAUUAAGUGUCUUAAGAAAAAACAGCUCAGGGUGUGAUGAGCAUGUGGAUGCUCUGAUUUCCUCCUUGAACACUCUGCCUGGUCUGGAGCAAGUGGACCUCACACUGAGCCCAUUGACUGUCAGCUGGGUUACUGGGAGUCUAUCCAUCUUCCAAACUUGUCCCAGUCUGCAGAGACUACAGAUUAACAGGUGUUCAUUUCCAAGUGGUCAUCUGUUUGUGACAAAGAAUGCCAUGAACAGGUACCGACUGGAUGAAAUAGGUUUCUUCAGGCUGGAUGUGAAAAUGAGUUUGGAAUCGAAAAACUUUGACAUGAUGUUAGACUCUUCAGGCAUGGCCAUUCAACUGACAGAGAGUUCUGCCGGCAGUGAUGAGCUGGCAUUUGCUCUGCUCUCCUCCCUUUGCCCCAUGCUUGGUCUGAGGGAGGUUAAACUGAGGGUGCACCUCCUUACUGUGUUCUGGGCUGUAAGGGGCCUCUCCCUCAUACAGACCUGCCCCAGCCUGCAGAAACUACAGAUCAGUAAGAGAAGGUCCUCACCUACUACAUCUGUGUCAAAGGAUGCCAUCAGCCUCAGUCUGGAGGACGUAUCAGAUUCUGAUGUUGGUGAUCUGAUCUCAGCCUUGGGAGAAGGAAAGAAGAUAAAGGAACUGAGGUUAACGGGCAGUCUGUCAACUGAGAGUGUGGAGUGUAUCCUCAGGACUCUACAGAAGCAGAAAUGUGUGGGUAUGGUUGACCUCCAAGUGAACACCAUCACCCUCCACAUUGAUGCCAUGCGCCUACAUCUCCUCCAAAUCCUAGAGAUGUCACAGUCCUAUAAAUACCUGUGCAUUGACGAAAAAUGUGAUUGGAACCAGCUCACCAAUGAGACAGAUGGUGAUGCAGAGGGUUUGUGCUCUGGACUGUCUGUGAAAAAAGACUUCAAAGACUUCAGUUUCUCGGUCAGAGGUAGAGAUGGGACCACAGGUGCGACUCUGCCCCUGGCCUCAGAAUUAGAUAUCAACUUUCAAGAAUUCCUUCAGAACUUUCUGUUAGGAAAAGAGCAUGAUUGUGAACAUGUGAAUGCUGUGAUUGAAUCCAUGCAAUCUGUGCCUGGUCUGACGUUGUUGGUUCUUGUGGUGUGCACCAUGACUGUGAGCUGGGCUACAGAGAGUCUGUCCCUCAUCCAAACCUGCCCCGCCCUGAAGACACUAGAGAUUAAGGACAGCUUCUCAUCUCUGUCUGUGGAAAAGGAUGCCAUCAGCCCCGGGUUAAAUGUCAUAAUUAGCACCAGUUUUGGUUCAGGAGCAACUUUUGAAGAUAUUAUACUGAUGAAUCCUGAAUCCACGCUCUAUCGUAUUUCACUCUGGCUGCCACAGUCCCUAGUGAAAAGCUUUGGCCUCAAGGAGUUCCUCCAAAGUUGUUACUUUUUGCAAUAUCCGGUUGAAACUAGAAAGCCAGAGCAUGAUGAGCAUGAUGAUGCCCUGAUGUCUUCCCUGCACUCUGUGUCUGGGCUGAGGGAGGUGCACCUGACGGUCAACUUCCUGACUGCCACCUGGGCAAAGAGGAUCAUCUCCCUCAUUCACUCCUGUCCCACGCUUCAGAAACUACAUGCCGGGGCAUUAGGAUUCUUGACGAAGGAAGGUAUCCAUCUACUACAAACAUCUUCGAAGCAUCCAAACUGCACUCUGAUAUUUAGUGGGAGACGAUGCAACAAAUCCAGUAGUCCGUGCUGUGAGCCCAAGGAUUGGGAGCUGAGCUGCAACGAGUGGGUCAACAUUACGAUUUAAGGCACGUGUUUGAGGAUGAAGAGGGGAGUGCAGGAGAAUGAGAGGAAUGACAAGAAGUGGAGUGGAGAAUAAAGAGAGAGAGAGAGACACAGAAAGAGAAGAGAGGCAUGAUGGACCAAGUGAAGAACAGGAGUGGAAUGGAAGGUGAAGCAGAGAGAGACUUCAGGAGACUCAACAGCCAGUGACUGUCCAGGCAUGGCACACCUACAGUAUAGGUUGGAUUCAACAACCUACGCUCAGGCCUUAGGUGGAGCUUCUGGUGAUACCAUCAUCAAUCUGAAGGACAUACCGUAUUUUCCGGACUAUAAGUCGCUCCGGAGUAUAAGUCGCAUUAGUCAAAAAAUGCUUCAUGAACAGGAAAAAAUCAUAUAUAAGUCACACUGGACUAUAAGUCGCA